CACUAAAGAUUCAAUAAAAAGAUUUAAGAUGACAGUCAUAAGUGAUAAUAUAUCAGCGUAUAAUAUAUUUCAAAUCUUAAAGAUAAUACGCGAUAAGUAGCGCGGUUUGGUUGAGGUAAAAUACAUUUCAUUGUCAUAAUGUAGUAAUAUGGUGUUAUGUAAAAAUAACUAGCUUAUAGUGGAAUUAAACAUGUCAAGGAAUGGGAAGGGAUCGCCAUUUUUAAAACAAUGUUUUGUAACAGCGACGAUUUGUUGCAAUAUAAUUGGGCAAGGUGCUGCUUUUGGCUAUAUAGCAGUUCAGCUUCCAAUGCUUAAGUCUAAGGACACCGAAAUACCACUUACAAAGACUGAAGAAGCAUGGAUCGCUGGUAUGCUACCCCUAUGCAUGAUCCCGGGUUUCUUUUUAGCUACGCCAUUAAUGGACCGCUAUGGGCGUAAAGCAACUCAUGUUAUCCUAAUUAUACCAGCAUUGGUAGGAUGGUUCAUGCUUACCAUUGCUUCUUCUGUUGCUGAAAUUAUCAUCGCAAGAGCUCUCCAAGGGAUCUCAGGGGGAAUGCUCAAUACUCUUCGAUCUGUCCUUAUUGGUGAAUACACCAGUCCCAAAAACCGUGGAGCAUUCUUAACCACGAUAUCAUUUUCACAAGCCUUCGGCAUAUUCUUCGUACAUUUAAUAGGUUCCUGCUUCAGCUGGCAAAUGACUGCUUUUAUCUCAGUCUUCCUUCCGUUUGUGAGUUUACUGAUGACCAUAUACGCACCAGAAUCUCCCAGUUGGCUCCUAACAAGAGGACGUAUUGAUGAAUGCAAAGAGGUGUUCCGAUGGCUCAGAGGCAACGAAGAAGAUGAAGAACUAGAAGACAUGAUUCAAGCAAGGUUGGCUUUUGAGAAAUACGAAGCAACCACAAAUCAUAAUAGGAAUAAAAUCGUCGAUCUUAUUCACACUAUAAAAAAGAAAGAGUUCUAUAAACCAAUAAUUUUAAUGGCCCAUUUAAAUAUCAUCACACAAUUUUCCGGUGGAACGACUAUGGCAGCUUUUGCGCCUUCGAUAAUUGGCAAACUGAUACCACAAGGCGAUGUGGCAUUUUGGAUGGUUUUCUUGGAUACACAGCGGUUAAUAAGCAAUUUCCUUGCCGUGUACAUUAUGAACAAAGUGAAGCGACGAACUAUGAUGUUUUCUACUGCUGGAUUGUGUGUGAUAAGUAACAUUGCUAUUGCCACUUACGUUCUUUGCCGGCUGAUGGGCUGGAAUUACAGUUCCGUGUGGCUACCAGCGCUUUUGAUCAAUAUACAGUAUUUUACUGUUGCAGUGGGCAUGGUGCCCUUACCGAACAUAAUAGGUGGAGAAGUAUUUGCAUUGCAAUACAGAAGUAUAGGUGGAUCGAUAAGUUUAGCAACUGGUGGGAUGUUUACGUUUGUCGUACUCUUAACGUUUCUACAGCUCAUGGAUAAUUUGGGCUUGCAUGGCACUUACUACCUAUACUCGGUAAUUUUGAUAGUAAACAUUUUUGUAGUGUGGUUGUUGCUUCCUGAAACGAGAGGGAAGACAUUACAGCAAAUAGAAGACGAAUUUCGAGGUAAACCUUUGAGAUUGGACGAAAUUGAAGCACGACUGUCGUUGCAGUCUAACCCAAUAGAAAUUUAUAAAAGGAGAGUGUCUGAACAGAGAUUCAGUUCGACGCUCACAUUAUAGUGUCCAUGUAAGGGUCAAUUUAUACUAGAGCAGAGUCGAAGCGCAUCAUUAAAAUCUCAGAAGUAAUGUAACACACACUUACUUCACAGAAGAAUUAAAAAAAGAAGGCCUAAAAGGUUCUGGGUGCAUCCACUGAUUGCGGAGAUCGUUAUGGAUUAUUAUUUAGUAGAGAUUAAUAUUCUUACAUAUUUAAUUAGCAGUUGAGAAAUAAAGCAUCGAGAGAUUCCUUGUUUCUUAAAUCAUUAUUAUCUUUACGAUAUAUUUAUAUGAUAAUCAUACCGUACCGUCUACGCCGAAACAAUUGCAGUGGGUGAGAAUGUAAAAAAGAGGCGUCAGAUAUUGUAUGCUCUGUUUGGUUGAUUAGUAAAACAGCAUUUCAGUCCAACAGUAAAAAUUUAGGGGUGGACCACCCUUACCACUUAGAGGUUUA